AGAUAAUUGACACAAUGUCUGACGCUGCUGUGAAGCCCAACGCCUGGACCGAUGAGGCGAAGAACGAGCUUCUUCUGCGUAUCAUCGCCCAGUUGAAGCCCGAGGGCAAGUCCAUCAACUGGUCGGAGAUCAACAUGGAGGGGCGCACCGUCAAGAGUCUCCAGAAUCAGUGGACAUUUUUCAACAAAAAGAUCGAGGCCUUCAAGGCCCAGUCAACCGAUGGAAGCUCUCCUUCAACUCCUGCUAAGAAGGUGACUCCUCGCAAGCGGGUCCCCAAACCCAAGAAAGGCGGAUCCGAUGAAGAGGAUGCCUACGAGACGCCCAAGGUGACCCCUCGUAAGCGUCGCGCUCCUAAGACCCCCGACAGUGAGCCCAAGGCCGUCAAGAAGGAGCUCAGCGACGCCACCGUCAAAGAUGAGGAGAUGGACGACGAUAACAAUGUCACUGGAGAGAUCUAGCUUCCCAUCUUUUCUCUAUGGUGCCGGAGAACGUCAUCGCCAAACUUUCAGAGGAGACAGGAAGAAGGGAAUCUCAACUACCUAUUGAUGCUAUCUGCUAGAACUCAGAUGAAAAGGUGUUAGUGGACAUCUAGCCGGGGGACAGCAGAAGAGCUCCAUAUAUAUUCUACAUGGGUGACUAUGGAAGCUGGUAUUCGUAUGAGCUGAGAAACAUAUACUGCCUCUGCAAUAUUUCUAGAGUCUUUGGAUGUGUGAUGAUUGAGGAAGUCCUAGCUAGAAAGUUGCGAUGCCUUUCCGACCCCGACACUGACUUCCUAGUAGCACG